UCUCUCAGCCCUCGUUGCCGUAGCACCAGAAGGGAGGAGCCACAGCGACGCACACGCACGCAUACAUUCCCACGGAAACCCGCCGUGACAUCUCACAUCCUCUCGUCCUUACUCAGCGUCAGCACCAGCAGCAGCGUUCCGGAGCAGGGGAGCCCAGCCGUCGCUUCGCCCAGGAUGGAUGUACUGAUGAAGGGGUUCUCCAUGGCCAAGGAGGGGGUGGUGGCCGCCGCAGAGAAGACCAAGGCCGGCAUGGAGGAGGCGGCGGCCAAGACCAAGGAAGGGGUGAUGUAUGUAGGCAAUAAAACAAAGGAGGGAGUGGUGUCAUCAGUAAACACAGUCGCCAACAGGACCGUGGAUCAGACCAACAUCGUUGCAGACACAGCCGUCGCCGGGGCCAACGAGGUGUCGCAGGCCGCCGUGGAGGGGGUGGAGAACGUCGCCGCGUCGACCGGGAUGAUGAACCAGGGAGAAUAUGGAGGAAUGGAGCAGGGCGGCGAAGGAGGAGAGGGGUAUUAGUCGACUUCAGGACCCCCCCCCCCCCUUCCCGUCCUCUCCGGCCGCCCCUCGCUGCCCUCGCCUCGCUGUACCAGACUCCAGAUGUUCUACAUAUUUUUUUGUGACUCUAUGGAACCAAAUCAACUAAAACAGACUCUUCCAGAUGCCGCACCUCAGCCUCGACACCCCCUUAAUGCCCCCCCCCCACUCCAACACACACACACACACACACUCCUCUUCCUCCUUGAAAACGCUCUGAUUUUCUGCAGCCUGUCGCUUUUUUCCUCCCACGGCCCCGCCCCUAGCCCCGCCCCCAGCCCCACCCUCGCUUCACCUCACCUGUGUGUUAGUGUCGUCCUGAUAUAAACCCCGCCCCCUCCCCUUGCCGCUGCUGCCAAUCAAACCCCCUUUUACUGAAAACCUCCCAUGCAAACAUGCAUACGCACGCACAAACAAAA